AUGGAUGCUAAGCCACAGCGCAUCCGUGGCUACGGAGACGAGAAUGUUCCACCCACUUUUAUCGCCGCCAAAACGGUUCAUAGUCGCAAUGAGCCCGCAACUGUCGGCCUUUGGGCCCAGAAAGCCAAAGGCAACAUUGAGACUUCCCGCCAGGCAUGUGAGGACAAGAGCAAUAUCAAGAUUCCCAUUGCCAGAACAGGCGGGACUGGGAAGCUUGGCGCUGGGGCGAUUGAUGAUAAGCGCGCCCUCUCACAGCCAGCCCAGCGCCCCUUCUCUGGGUCAGGGGUCAAGGGCAUCUUACCGAAUAUCGGGUCGAAACCGAUGAACACUGCGGGAAAAGCCUUGCCAAGUGGUACUAAAAUCAAUGCGAAGCGCGCCAAUGCGGUGUUCCAUGACCAGCCGGAACCCGCUGUCGAGCAUGAGGCAUCCAAGGAAGACAAGAUUACAGCUCAGAUUCUCAACUGUGAAGCAGAGACUACAGAAAUAGAGACCACCAAAAGCCUGUCUCGUCCGAGUGGGGUCAAUGUUGAGAUCUUCAAGCAUGUCAACGCUCAAGCGGAACCAACGCUCGAAGCCUGCCACACUAAGGAGAGUGGCAAAGUGCGAGAGGAAGCCAAAGCUGCGUCGGUUGACUGCAAAUAUGCUUCUCUCGGAACAGAGGGGGCACUGGCUAUUGAUUCCCAAGAAAGUGCAUGCGACAUUCAUCAAAGCCCGGACAUGACCGGACCAGCUCUUUCCGAUCCCGAAUACUCCGAGGACGAUGAGACCCAUGGCUACCAUUAUCGCAGCGAGCACACCACAGGUAGCAUCACCACAGUGAUCUACCCCAAUGCUGCAGUUGCAUUCGACCGCGAGAUUCUGCGCGCGAAACAAGUUGUGGAAGAUAGUCUGACCGCGGAGGAGAUCGAGGAGGAUCUCUAUGACUCCAGCAUGGUCGCAGAGUAUGCCACCGAGAUCUUUGACUAUCUCCGGAUUAAAGAGAUUGAGAUGCUACCUGCUGCCGACUAUAUGACCAACCAGGGCGAAAUUCAGUGGUCUAUGCGAUCGAUCCUCAUGGACUGGCUAGUUCAAGUCCACCUCCGCUUCAAGUACCUCCCGGAGACUCUGUUCCUCUGUGUCAAUCUCGUCGACCGGUUCCUUUCGAAAAAGGUCGUUUCUAUGGGUAAACUUCAAUUGGUUGGCGCGACUGCCCUGUUCAUUGCCGCCAAGUACGAGGAAGUUAGCCCUCCGUCGAUCAACGAAAUCCUUUUCAUGGUCGAUGGUGGCUACACCGUGGACGAGAUCCUGAAGGCCGAACGUUUUAUGCUGAACAUUCUCAACUACGAUAUUGGCUGGCCUGGUCCCAUGAGCUUCCUUCGUCGUAUAAGUAAGGCUGACGACUACGAUCUCGAGACUCGAACAAUCGCAAAGUACUUCCUGGAGUUGACCAUCAUGGAUGAGCGUUUUGUGGCUAGUCCUCCCAGCUUCCUGAGUGCUGGAGCCCACUGCCUCGCCCUUCUCAUGCUUCGCAAGGGAUGUUGGACAAUGGCUCACGCCUAUUAUAGCGGCUAUCUUUAUACCCAACUUAUCCCCGUCAUGACGACCAUACUCGAGUGUUGCGAAGACCCGCGGGAACACCACCAAGCAAUCUUCGAGAAGUACACUGAACGUCGUUUCAAGCGUGCCUCGACAUUCGUGGAGCAAGAAAUCCUGCACGGUUUCAGAGUGCCUCGUCCCACCCCAUUUGUCGACGCGAACCGUCUGGCUGGGCUGGCUAACUACUAA